AUGGCAGUGGUUGUGUGUGUGGCAGUGCUGUCGUUGCUGGCCGUCUCCUCGGUGGAGUGUGGCGGACGUGAGUACGAGGUCCGCGGGCUGGACCCUCGGCACAAGCCUCGCUACCAUCCCGGCAAAGACUUCACCUGUCUGGACGGCUCCGACACCAUCUCUUUCUCCAUGGUGAACGACGACUACUGUGACUGCGAGGACGGGUCAGACGAGCCGGGGACGGCAGCCUGCCCUACAGGAGGAUUCUACUGCCGGAAUGUCGGACAUCGUCCGGAGACGAUCCUCUCCUCACGAGUCAAUGAUGAGAGGAUAAGGUUUGUCCGUCUGGACGAGCUGAAGACUGAGCAGGAGAGGCUGAAGGAGGAGGUCGAUCGACUGAGGGGAGACAAGGAGGCAGCAGAGGAACCAGAGAGACUGGCCAAGGAGGAACAUGAGAAGAGGAGGAAGCCGCUAGGAAAGAGGCCAGCGAAGGAAGCGGAGGCCAGGGCAGCGUUUGAGCAGUUGGACACUGACAGCGAUGGCUACGUGACGGUGGCCGAGAUCCAGCAGAGAAUGGAGCUUGACGACGACCAGGACGGAGAGGUGUCUCUGGAGGAGGCCCUAGCUUAUCUGGACAAUGAAGAGAGAGUCGACGAAACCGUCUUCAAAGACAGCGUGUGGUCUUUCGUGUCGGAUAAGAUAACCUUUGAACCUGCUGAGACCGAACCCCCAACUGCCCUGCCCAUUCAAACCGAUGCUCCGCCCACUGACGACACGGGGGAGAAGGACUAUGAGGAGGAUUACGACUACGAUGAAGAAGAUGCAGAUUACAAGGACGAGGAGAGAGGAGAAGAAGGGAUGCCACCUUAUCCUGAUGACACCCAGGAACUGAUCAAAGCUGCUGACUCAGCAAGAGAGGCAUUCCAGAAGGUGGAGAGGGAACUCGGAGACAUAAACAGAGAAGUCGGUGAUAUUGAAAAGUUUCUCGAUGUGGACCUCGGCUCAGCGAUGGAGUUUGCCCCUCUCCACCAGCAGUGCUAUGAGUAUACUGACAGAGAGUACACGUACAGACUGUGUGCCUUCGACAAGGUCGUCCAGAAGCCAAAGAACGGAGGACGCGAGACUAGUCUCGGGACAUGGGUGUCUUGGAACGGGCCCGAGGGCAGCAGAUAUUCCAGCAUGUUGUUUGAGAACGGAGAGGGUUGCUGGAACGGACCGAAGAGGUCAACUAAGGUCACUGUGGGGUGUGGUCUAGAGGAAGCCGUCCUAGCUGCCUCUGAACCAAACAGGUGUGAGUACGCAAUGGAGUUUGUUACUCCAGCCGUCUGUCCCCCACCUCCUACUCCGGGUACUCCAGUCUCUCACCCCGAUACCCCAAAACCUGAUUCCCAUCAGGAACUGUAGUAGAUGUAGUUAAAGAAACUCAAAUUUUUUCAUUGAUAAAAUUAGGUUGGAAUCAGUAAAAAUAUAAAAACUUGUGCUAUAAUCACGUCAAUGGCCGUUUGCUGGUUGGAGACUGAGUUACUAGGGGUUGGGAGGGAUCACGUGACGUACCGUCGUCAUCCUCUAGGUGAGAACGGUGUACUGCGCUGAAGAGCAGACUUCCCGCAGCUCCGCCUUCCUCCCCGUGACUCCCCAUCUCUGCCUGCCGCUCUGCGGCUGAAUGCGUCUGUUGCUUCUCCUUCUUUGCCAGUUUGGCGGUCUCCAGCCUUCUAGAUAUCUGCCUGUUUCUCUCCUGCGCCGCUCGAACUCGCUCAAUUCGCUCCUGCUUGUUGAAACACAUCAGGAGAUAGCACAUGGCUCCGCCCAGCACGGCCACUGCAGCUGCAGACGCCGCUAUGUUGGCGAUGGCCUCUGCGCUUAGCACCGGCUCUGAGGAGUCGCUCGAGUCCCCGCUACCGCUCUCCGAGCCCGACCCUUCCCUCUCCGACAGGUCUGCAGCCCCGCAGAGCGUCACUAGCAAGGCAAACAACGUACUCACACCUGUCGACGACAUCCUGCAUGCUGUGUG